CGAUAAUUUUGAUUUAUAUCGUAAAAACAAACCAAAAUUUUAUGCUGCUGCUGCAAUUAAGAUCGGCAAUAAUAGAACUAGUGCACAGGUAGAUUCAAAAGUUCAGGCACUUAGAUCGAGAUACGAAAAAGAGAAUAAAGAAGAAACAGGAAAGGCCAGGUUAAAAUGA